UGUGUGUGUCGAAUCUUGGUCGUGCCGAUUGGUGUGUCAAAAAAGUCCUGUUUUGGUAAAAGAGUCUAAAGACGUUUUCUUUCCGUAGAAACGUGAAGAAAUCAUCAAUGGAGGUUGUGUCGUCCUCUUCUGAGUUUUCUCUUUCCUCUCUCAACAUUUUCCUUCUACGCCCACUUCUCGCUAUUGCAUUUGUUCUUUCCUUGAUUAUUCUCGGGUGGUUCUUGGCAUGGAAGCUAGUUCUGGUUCACGUUCCAUUGGUACAAGAAAUUUUCGGUCUACGAAAGAAAACCUUCAAACCAAAACCCAAAACAACUGGUCGCUUUUCAAAGAUUUACAGUAAUAUUGAGUCUGAAGCCCUUAAAUCUUCAUCUUCCUAAUCGUAUAAUAAUUAUUUCGUUAUAUUAAUUGCGAAUUUCAUUAGCGUUUUAUUUCACAUAUUCAAUGAUGGGGUUUGGUCAAGAGCGACAGAAGUCAAUUGCUCCCAUGAAUUGCAGAAUGUUCCAUAUGAUCCGAAAAUAUGUUUCUUUGGAUGUGUUGGACUAAGCAUCAGCAGGCUCUGACAUUGUUGAUACUGACAAUCAGGUUUGAUUUCACUUUAAACCAUGGGCUUCACUUUCCAUGAUUCAAAUUUAAUUUUGACCCUGUAACCCAAUCCAAUAUAUGUAUUUCAUUCUUGUAAUAUAUGUUUCUAUUUCUCUCUUAUUUGGAUUUAGUAACAGAGCUUGAAUUGUAUCUCUUUCUCUGUCAUUAGAUUCGGUAUGCUAGUCAGUUGUGUAUUAUAUUAUAUACAAAAGUCAAAUGGGAUGGUUGUGUAAUUGUUGCAAUUGCAGAGUCUUUAAACUUGAAAGAAAGCCAUUUAUAAAGUUGGAGAUUAUUAGGUGAUGAUAUCAAUUAUUGAGUUUGGAACUUUUAUGCAUUCUCAUUGUGAAUUUGUGAGGUAGGCAGUAUAUAUUAUAUGAUAUUGGGCCAAAAAUAUUGUAUCAAUUAUCAAAUCAAUGGCCUGAUACCUUUGCUUUCACUUUUGUAUAGUUUAAACACAUUUAAAUUUCAUUAGGUAUAAUCUACCUCUGAAAAUCCCAUAAAAUUUAGCUUGAUCACCUCAAACCCCCACCAAGAAACCUUACUAGAGAUCACUCUGCAGCUUCUGUAUAAUUUAAGUAUAUACAUUGCAUUUGUAUAUGCCUUUAGGCAAACCAAUGUUAUCAGAGUUCAGUGUGGACGAUAUCAUUCUGAUUGAUCGGUGGAAGGUUCUUGUCAUCAUGACUGCUAAGGCAGUCAGCUGAAGGGUGAAUAUUCCCGUAUCCAAAGCCUUGAGCAGAGUUGCAAUAGGUCUCGACUGUCCCGUCUUUCUUCUCUAAGUUAACAUUCCUCAGAACUAUGUUGCUGCAUGGGACUGUAUCGCUGCAAGCAAAUUUCAUGGCCUUUUUGCUCGUUGUGGUUCCGCUUAUAUUCUUGUAGAUGAUCUUGCUUAUGCUCACUGCAGAAGUCUGGCAAAUCAAGUAAAUAAAAGACAGCUCGAGUGUUGUUAUAAGAAUUUGAAAUGCAUAGUAUGGUAAAAACAAGAAACUUGGAGGAGGGAGGGGUCCGGGGUACCUACCUGGUUUUCGCAACUUUUUGGAGAAUCACAGUAGAACUGAUCAAUAAUAAUGGGGUUGGCUACAUCUAUCAUCUUCACAUUUUGGAAACGUACAGCUUGAACAUAACCAGAACCUCCCUGCACAUAAAACCCCACAAAGAAAGGAACAAACACAUAUAAGAGAUUUUGUUUCUCUCAAUUUCUUUGAGAACUCAUAGGUGUUACUGUAAGAGAAUGUACCUGCCAAGUCUUGAUCCUGAGACCAUUAGUAGUUUCCUUGAGGACUGCCGUAUCCAAGACCACUCGAGUAACUAUGCCUAUGGAAUUGUCCUUUCCAAGACUUCCAAUGCUUUGUAGUAGAGUUUUAAUUUGCACCAAAAGAAAAAAGAAGUUUUAGAAUUACUUAUUUACACUGUCCAUGAUCAUGACUGAUCAUUGUUCUUGAUUUUUAGAAAUCAAAUGUCUAAGAAGGAUUGAAAAAAGUGUAACUCAAGGGUUGAUGAUACCUUAUCCCAUGUCCUGGUCCACAAUAAAUUCUCUUCAUCUUGAUGUUGGAGCUAGCAUUGACAAUUGAGACACAAUCAUCCCCUGAAAUCAAAUUCCAAUAAAAACCCCGUAGAAAACACACUUAGGAUAUGUGUAAUGAAAUUUAAUUAAACCUGUUCCGAUUCUGCUGUCUUGUAGAACCACAUUAGUUGAUUGAGUGAUAUGUAUUCCAUCAGUGUUGGGACUGUCUCCUGGAGCUGUAACUUUUACACCAGUAAUUCGGACAACAUUGGACCGAGCAAUGACAAAAUUCAUCUGUUGGCUGUUCUGUAUGGAUGCUGCCCACCAUUUGCUACCCGAGCCAUCAAUAACUCCCUGCCCUUGGAAUAUGACUCCCUCAAGUUUGGUGAAAUCAAGCCAUUGCCGCGCAAACUUUGGAUUCCAGUUCUUUGGCUCAUCUGGUGCCACAAUUGUUCCAUCAAUCUGCAGAGUAGUAUAACAAGUCAUUGUCACCACCACAACUGUGAGAAUAAGAAACAGGAGAAUGGUUGCAAAGACUUCAUAUCAUAGUCUGUGUUGAGAUCAUUACAGGUGAUUUUACCUGGAUAACUAACUUUUCUGCACAUGGCCCUUGAAAUUUCGUUGCAUUGACAAGAUAACGGCGAUCUUGAGGUACUAAAAGAACCGCACUUGAUGUUGAGCAGGCGGUAUCCCAAGCCUUUUGGAAAGCCUAAUUCAAUCACCCAAUAUAGAAGAAUAAAUAUAAAUGAUUCUUUAUAAUGAAUAAUGACACUUUGGACAUCAUCCAGUAUCUUCUCACCAGUCUUCUUAGACUACUUAGCAGUUAAGUGCAUUUGGUUAUAUAAAACAAAAUAUGAAAAGUACAGUUAGUUAUACAAUGUGUUGUUGUUCAGCAUCACCUGUGUAUCAUCAGCAACGCCGUCUCCAACUGCGCCAAAGCUAUCUACAUUCACAAGAAUCUUGCUACCACGAACGCUUGUCCACGAAGGGAUAUCAAAGAAAUCGAAAUCGUUUUCUUCCUCAAUUAUGUCCCGGCUUUCUAGCUCAUCAUCAAACAUGGCAAUAUUGUCAUUAUGCAGCAGCAUGUUCCCAGCAGCAACUGUUAUCAUUAACAAAGAAAGAAAAGAAAGAUUAAAUAAAUUAUCCAUGAUGCUUUGUUGGUAGAUUAGUUUUGAUUAUUGAUUUGUAUAAAAUUCCAAUAAUGAAACAACAAUGUGCUAUAAUUUAUAUGCAUAUGAUGCAUAUUAAUUACUUUUGGAAA